AUGCCUUCGUCUUCUGGGACCUCCACCUCAUCCUCAUCUGCUUCUUCUUCUUCUUCUUCUUCCUCCUCUUCCUCUUCCGCUCCCGAAGCCGAUCCUACCUGCGAUCCCGCCCUCUUGUCCUCGACUCGGAUGCCCGAACGAGGGGCCACACCCAUGAACGACCUUAGUCCCCUGAUCGAGUCAAAUCCGGAUGAUCUAGUCGCCGACUGGACGCAGUGGAUGCGCUGGGACGAAUUCGACACCGAUGAAAUAUCCAAUCACGUGGCCAUGCAGCAGUUCAGCGGGAAUAACAAGAGCGAUGACAACUCCCUCCCUCAGUCCGCCGCCACCUUCAGCCCCGCGUCCGCUCAACCUGCCUUCACCUUCCACGGCGGCGACAUACCACCUUCUCAGAUCCAUACCGCCCUCGACUCCAAGGCAAUGGGUCUCCAGCCACCCUUCUCUCCCACCUUCGCCUUCAGUGGCCAUACCGUGCCCGCCUUUGUUCCUCCCCCAGAUCCUCUUGCGUUGAGCGUCUCCGUGGAACAGAGCCCACCCCCGCACACGUCUGCUAACUUCCCCCCAACUCCUGUCUCCGCUGGUUCGGGACGGAAACGAAAGUCAUCUGAGGACGACGGUGUCCCAGGCACCGUUUCUGCUGGCAGCAUGUCUCCUCCGGCAGCUAAGUCCUUGCCUUCCAAAAAGAGAUCGCACAACGUCAUCGAGAAGCGGUACCGUGCAAACCUCAACGAGAAGAUUGCGGAGCUCAGGGACAGCGUUCCCUGUCUCCGCAUCAUGUAUAAGCAACGCUUUGGCGGUGGCACGACCAAGGACGACGAAGAGGAAGAAGAGACGAUCGCCUCUACGAAUAAGCUGAACAAGGCCUCAAUCCUUUCCAAGGCUACAGAGUACAUCAAGCACCUGGAAAUGCGGAAUAAACGCCUAGAGGAGGAGAAUAUCGCCCUGAAGAAUCGGCUCCGUCAGCUUGAGAAAUCCCAAGAGCAAGGGCUAGCAGCUUUUCCGCCAAUGCCAAAUAUGGAGCCGUCUCCGAGUGAGAGUAUGGUUUCGCCAGAGUCCGCCACCAGUUCACCACCGAGCAUCUUCUCUCAAAAUGCUGAAUUCUCGCCUGAAGCGUCCCCCAAUCCGUUGUAUCCACCCGAAGGGUUGAUUAAAGUUCCUGAGUACUUCAAACGGUUGCGUCCAACCGGUCCUCAGCCGCAUUAUGCCGAUUCGUUGAUGUCUCGACAAGGUCAGCGCUACGAACCGGGCUCGGGCGAUGGCAGUGGGAGACGUGGAGGACUUGCCAACAAAUUCAUGCUUGGCACAUUAGCUGGUCUUAUGGUGGUUGGAACAUUUGAGAACCAGAAGGAAGAGUCGUCAGAUCGAGGACUCUUAAGCGUCCCAAUCCACCUUCUAGCCCAAGGCUUUGCAUAUGCUCGAAGGCACAUCUAUGUGAUCCGAACCAACUCGUGGCAAACCAGAGCCUUGUCUCACUUCGUCCUGACAUCCCUCUUCGUUGUUGGGUGUGCCUUUUUCGUCUACCUCUAUCUAUUUUACUCGAGACCCUGCCGCCCAAAAUCGAAACUACAAAAGUCCCAAUCGACUGUCGCCGGCACCACCGAGUUCCGCCGGGAUGCAUGGCUCACUAGCACCCAAACAGUUGGGGUCCCUCGACACACCUUUUUCCCCGAGUGGUUUGCCGUCACCUCUCGUUGCUUCGAGUACUUGCUUCGUUGCCUUCUUGGCUGGAAGCUGUAUUCGAUACUUACCGGUAUCUCAGAGGAUGACGAAAAGGGCCGUGUCAAAGCAUGGGAUAUCGCCUUGGAUGCCCAGCUUACCGGUGGUGAUGCAGAGGUCAGCAAGAGCCGACUGGUUCUGACUAUUUUCGCGGCCGGAACCCUCCCAAGAAGCCUAUCUCGAAUGAUGCUGAAGUCCUUGCAUUGUCGAAUUUUGCUAUGGCGUGUAGGCUCCUCCGGCUCCAUUGCCUGCAAGAUUUCGGACCAUAUUGCAGGAAUCUUGGCCAAGUAUCAAUGGCAGCUUGCACAACAAAUGCAGAAACUUACUCCGGAGGAUCAUGAAGAUGCGCUUCCAAGUCACCUGGCAUAUCUUCUUCAACACGAUUGCGAGGACGUCUUCACGGAUGCCAUCGUUCAGAGAGCAUCCAACAUGAUUUGGAAUCGCCCAACACAAGAAGCAACCGACGGUGAGGACUCGUUACUAGAUGUAGUCGUUGAAGACAGCGCCAUUCGUUCCCCUCUAGAUGCUAUCGCAGCAUGGUGGUCUAGCCGGGCCCUCCAAGAAGCACUCAUUCAUUCCCUAGAUGUGACUUCUGCAGACUGCGGUACCCGACGACGAGAAGCUUUCGAGCGUAAUUUAGAAAUGGCACUGAAAUCCGCACCGCCCACGUCUGCCGCUUACACUCGAGCUGCCGCCAUCAAAGCAUUGUUCUUCGACGAGGAUAGGGUUGCGAAUAUCAACUCAGUUUUAGCCGCUCUCCCACGUCCCAAGCGGGAACCGUCCAGCAGUGCAUCGAUAUUCCUUGAUUCGUCAGUCCCGCCCUCUGUUCGCGAUGAAAUCUGCAUCGCAGUGCGUUGUGCCAUGAUCGCGGCGAUCCUACAGGGCCAAGCUGGAGCACAAGAACCCUCUUCUUCAAAACUAUCUUUGCACAAUGCUAUCGAGUUGUUCAACAGGCUACCCAUUGACGCAGUUGAACUUACGUUGAUGGGCUUUGCACCACUCUAUCACCUAUUACACAUGGUUUCUAUGGACGAUAGAUUAGUUCCAUCAACGUCACUCUCUUCCUCGGUCUGCUCGUCCGAUAAUCUUUCGGUUUGCAUGUCGUCCACCCAGGAUUCUGCCGUCGGAACCCACCCUCUUCCCCUACCCGACUUGGCCAGAAUCGCUUCGGAGCUCAUGUACUGGGUGCAGAAUGCUUAUAAUCCGAUCUCUUCCGGAUUUACAGACUGUCUGGUGGACAAAGUCGUCAAUGGUUGCGUGGAAGCAUGUCGAAAUGCUGGCGUCGACAUCAACGAGACGAAAGUCAACAAGGAACGAAAAAUGCACGAGGGACAAAUUAGCGAUUUAUCUUCACCAUCCCUAUCUCAAGAGGAUGAUACGGACAGCCCUCUCGCGUCCGAUGGACCUGAAAGCAAAAGUCAUUGCGUGAAUAAGACAAGAAGGCAGAGUAUUCGAAGUAACGAUACGGGUUAUGGAAGUUUGAGUCAGGAUGAGAGUUGA